ACACAAAAAAAAAAAAUGGCACUUAAUUCCAUCUCCUUACUUCCCAUAAAAUCCAUCAACAUCUCCUCCUCGUCCACUUGUUAUUAUGGAGUUUUUAUUCCUCAAAAAUCAUCCAAGAUUGUUUGUCAAGUGGAAAGUUCAAAUUCAAAUACAGAAGUAAAGAAGUGGAAAGCCAUAGUUUCAACUGCAUUAGCAGCUGCAGUGAUCACAUUUAGCUCAAACAUGACUGCUGUGGCAGACUUGAAUAAGUUUGAGGCAGAAACUAGAGGUGAAUUUGGUAUUGGUUCUGCUGCUCAAUUUGGUUCUGCAGAUCUCAAGAAAACAGUUCAUACAAAUGAGAACUUCAGAAGAGCAAAUUUCACAUCUGCUGACAUGAGGGAAUCGGAUUUUAGCGGUUCAACAUUCAAUGGUGCAUAUCUAGAGAAAGCAGUUGCAUAUAAAACAAACUUCUCAGGCGCAGAUUUGAGCGACACGUUGAUGGAUCGGAUGGUACUUAAUGAAGCUAAUCUCACUAAUGCUGUUCUUGCUCGAUCUGUUCUGACUCGGAGUGACCUUGGGGGUGCCAUCAUUGAAGGUGCUGAUUUCAGUGAUGCAGUUAUAGACCUCCUGCAGAAACAGGCACUAUGCAAGUAUGCUAGUGGGACUAACCCUGUGACAGGGGUUAGCACCAGAAAAAGUCUAGGAUGUGGAAACAGCAGACGAAAUGCGUAUGGAAGUCCAUCUUCUCCUCUGCUUAGCGCUCCACCUCAGAAGUUGCUCGAUCGGGAUGGAUUUUGUGAUCCAGCUACUGGUCUCUGUGAUGCAAACUGAAAAUAUGUUCAUGUACAUAAAUUAUUUGCUGAAAGAAAAGAGUUCUCUGGAGGUUUAAAUUUCCUUCAUAUUAUGCGAGCAUUGUUUGAUUCAGGCGGAAAACAUAGACUACAUCUUGAAUACAAAUACUUGAAACAUCAAAAUUGUUGAUGACAUAUUUGUAUUUAAUAAGCUUAGUUUUUCUGGCAGACAUAAGAUACAGCAAAAACAGAUGUUCUGUUUGUUAUUUUGAUAUCCUGUGUUAGAGCAGAGGAAUUGGAAGAAUAUUGAGCAUGUUACCUUAAUUAAGUGGAUGUGGUCCCAAUUGUAUGGAUGAAAAUGAACAUGAAAUCCUACAAAAGAAUGUGACAUACAUAAUAUCAUUCAGGAAGUAAUGAUUGUUCAGCUUGCA